AUGGCCCGCAGUCAAGCAAAGUCAAAAAUCAAGAAGAAUUGGCGGCAACCUCCAGUACUAAAGGACCAAGGGAAGCAGCCUCAAGGCAUCAACAAACAACAAGCCGUUCGCAAAAGCGCACGCCUACGGGCAAUACAACAACUUCGCAAGCAAUCCAUAUCCAAGAGUGAUCUUAUCCUGGGAGUACAGACACUUCCCUCCCCUCAAAUAAACAACAUCCCCAAGGGCAGAAGACGUCCACAGAUUCUUUACCUACCAUCGGAAGCGCCGCGCAAACGGAAACGAGGGCAAGAAGCUGGACAUUCUUCUCCUCAAGACGGAGACCGGCCUCGUUCGAAGCGACCGCGAACCUCGCCUCCGAGCUGCACUGCUGAAGAAAGAGCGGCAAGCGAUACCGGUGAGAAGAACGUUGGUCCGCUCGAAUAUUGGACCUGGACCAAAAGGUGGCCUAAGGAAUACUUCGAACAAGACAGCCAGGUCAGGGAAGACUUCGAACAGGACAGCUGGCUAGAGGAACAAAUGGAUUAUUCGACCCAGGUUGUCCAGUAUGUAGAGAUUAAUGGAUUUAGAUACCCGCGUCCUAUCAGGAAAACUCCGACCUCGCUCCGUCGGAAACAAUCAGACUCAAGCUUGACUGGCUCUAGCGACCAAACGAAGAGGGAGAGCAUAAGUGUUGCAUACCGAGAUACACGUUACACCACGUUACUUGAGGGUAAAGGAAGCUUUAUGGACAAAUCAGACUUGGGUAUUACGGAUGCAAGUAAGAGUCUUUGCCGUCGCCUUCUGGACUCGGAACAGGACGUCCCAAAGGAUUCAUUGUUUCGAGAUGAUCUGUUUGAAACAACUUGCCGAAAGAUCCAAGACAGAAACGAAGCGAGGGUUAUUCAAGACAUCGCUCGGUUAAUACUUCCUUCUGCGGAAACCCUCGCUACCUACGGCGCUACCAAUCUCAAUCAUCUGAUUGAAGGCGUCGAUGAAGGCUGGAUAGGCAACAUACCAGUGGAGGGUCCACGGCCGCAACCGGAUUAUUCUGUUGGAUUCAGGCGAUCCGCAUUUACCGACGAGCAGCUCAAUAAGCUUGAUCCGCUCAUCGGCAGCGUUUAUGAGAACUCCUUUUUCGUCGCAACCUACCGGAUGUACUUCCCGUUCCUGACGUGCGAGGUGAAGUGCGGUGCCGCAGCCCUUGAUGUCGCAGACCGACAGAACGCUCACAGUAUGACUGUUGCCGUAAGAGGUGUUGUCGAGCUCUACAAAGCUGUGAAGCGCGAAAAGGAGCUUCACCGGGAAAUUCUUGCCUUUUCGAUCUCGCACGAUCACAGGUCGGUGAGAAUCUAUGGCCAUUACGCUAUCAUCGAGGAAGAAAAGACCACCUUCUAUCGCCACCCCAUCCAUGAGUUCAGCUUCACCGCUCUAGACGGCAAGGACAAAUGGACGGCUUACAAAUUCACGAAGAGCGUCUAUGAUAUUUGGAUGCCGAUUCAGUACAAACGGAUCUGCUCGGCUAUCGAUCAGUUGCCGUCUGACAUAGACUUCGACCUCUCACAGUCAGCUUCUUUCUCACAAUCAGGCUGUCAGAAUUCUCAGCUAUCAAACGCGGAGUCCGCAUGGAUGCUGGUGGGGGCUAACAGCCAGUCAAGCAUAGCUAGCUCGCAAGGAGUUACACCGACCACCUCCUUUACUCAAACAACCGAGCGAGCGUCUAAGAAGCCAAGGAAUGAGAGUGCCGCGGGUCAGCAGAGCUGA